AUGACACUCAAAGACAUCUACCAGCGGUUUUUGGAGUUACCCAAUCCUAUCAGCCUGUCCGAGAAUGCCUCCCUCCACUACAUCACCACCCUGACUACCUUGGCACAGCCUGUCAAUAUUGUUCGACAUCUUGAGACUCAAAACAAAAAGUUAGUCAAGACCAAAAGUGCAAGAAUAAUUUCGGCGGUGGAGGGACCUAAUGCCGUUGCUCUUGAAGUUGAGACGGUGCUGGAGUUCAUCUCAGGAGGAGGAUCAUAUUUGCCAGGGCUUGAGAACUUCGUUGUCGACAAGAUUGCGACAAUUCCGAUGACACAUAUUGUCCAUUUCGAUGCCGAACAGAAGAUCUCCGUCAUCCGCAUCUCCUGGGAUCAAGCCUCAUUGUUGAAACAGACUGAAGUGAUUGGUUCGAGAGGCAAGAACUGGCCUGUGGUCGACGGCAAAGACCAGGUCAGACUCAUCAACUCCAGCUUGACCGCAGCGCUCUCUGCGUCAGAACUCCCCACUACUCCUCGAGGUCGCUCCGAAAACCAAAGUCUUGCAUCCUCACGCAAUGUGUCCCCAAGCAAGAGGCACAUCAAGGAUCCUCACGCAAGUCUUGACCUCUUUUCACCGAAGCCCGUUGAUGAGAAUGAACGGACCUUGGGUCCGAAUGCUGUGGCUCCCCGGGCAUCAGCGAGACCCCCACCACGGGAGAUGAGCGAGUUGUUCGCGGCGGGACAUGAAGACCACGAACCAGGAUCGCCAAAGAAAGUCCCCGUCGAGCCUGUUGUGGCGCCCAAGAAGGGCAGCAACCAGAAGUUCGGCCCUCCCCGCCUCUUCGCCGAUGACCCGAACGAGCCUGCUCCUGUCGGCUACAAGUCCAACCCUGCCAAGUACAACCAUUUCAAUCUCGGAGAAGAGCUGGAAGAUGACCCGUUGCAGUAUCGUGAUGCUACUCCCAAGCCGAAGACAACGAUGCCAGCAGUGCCAGUACGAGGGAAGUCCAACAGACAGCAAUCUCAAUGGGAUUUUGCCGACUUCUUUACGCCCGAGAAGGUUACACAAAAGGUGCGAGAUCAAGACAUAGUCCACUUCAGCCUGGACAGUACCGUGAAUGAUGUGGAGACCCCGGGAAAGAAGAUCGCUGGCAAGCCACGCCGCGACAACGAGAUCCACUUUGAACUCCAGGACGACGGAACACCCAUCGAGCGCCACGCUGUCCCAAAGCCUCGAAAAGAUGCGGAAACACACUUUCAACUGAGAGACACUGCGACACCGGCCACCAAUCGUACCUCAGAUCGUCCAACCAGCUCGGCAAGUGAUCGCAUGGGACUAUAUUCAAAUAAUGUAUUCGACGAGAACGAAAAUGGCAAAGCGCAGGAAAAGCCUCCGCUCUCAACGAUUACCAACAACACCAACCGCAAACAUGAUUUCGACAGCCACUGGACAAUGGCUGAUGCAUCACCAGCCAAUGGAAAGGCCAAUAAUGAGAACAAGGUUGCCAGCAAGCACCGCAAGAAGCCAUCGCAAAUGGAUACCCACUGGGAUCCAUACGAGGAGACGACUGACCAGCCACAAAACCCGCCUGCGCAGAGUCGGUUGAGAAAGGGGAUGGAGAGUCACUGGAGCAUGGGAGACGAGGAGGAAAAGGCGGGGACCAAUGGGAAAAGCAAGACUCAAAAGAGCUUCUGGGACUUUUGA